GAAGGCAACCAAGCGGCCGAGGACUUAUGCUCCAGAUUUCGACGGAGAGCACAACCAUUACCACCCGAGGUUCUUCCUGGCGCCACCGCGGCCGGCAUACCAGCCCCUCGUUGAUGAGGAGCGUGUCCGGCUAUAGCCAGACCCCAAACGUGCGGCUUCCGGAGUCUAGGCCUGGUCUUUUGCGCCAAGACCCCAUUGCUCGGUCUAGUCUCGUUCACAAGCUCGUCUUUGUAAGGCUUUGGUUCUCAAUACAAGCGAGAGGGAGAGUGAGUUUUGGUAUCAUGGAGAACAGUGUGGCGCUCAAGUGUAAGCUACCUGCGGUUUUGGCGAGCUCGAAAGCUCCAAGGGUGGCGGCGUCGCGAGUGAAUCCAAGCGUCCAGCGAGUGAAACCAAGCGUCCAGCAGAGACGAAAGGGGAGAAGGCACUGUAACAUCUGUGGCAAUGGGAAGAUCGUUCCUUGUGGCAAAUGUAGAGGAAGAGGCGAGUCCAACACACCAUAUCUCCCAUUCUCGGUCGACCCGGUCAAGAAGCCAUGCCCGGCUUGUCAGGGGAGAGGAUGGUUUCCAUGCCCGGACUGUCAUCCUCCUCCAAGCCAGUAAAAAAAAGAGAUUUUCCAAAGGAGCACACAUAAAACCAAUUUCUUCCUUGUUUUC